AUGGGUACCACCUCUCCUCCUCCCUCUGGAUAUACAGCCACUGCUCUACCACUCUCUUCUCCUCUCUCUCCACUCUCUCCUCCUCUCUCUCCACUCUCUCCUCCUCUCUCUCCACUCUCUCCUCCUCUCUCUCCACUCUCUCCUCCUCCCUCUCCACUUAAUUCCCCUGCCCCUCCUCCUCGCCUCGACCCAGCACGACCAAUCCCAACUCCUCCUUCUUCUCUCCCGUCUCUCCCUUUGAUCCCUUCUCUCCCUUCUCCCCAUUCUCUCCCUUCUCUCUCAUCUCUCCCAUCUCUCGCCCCCUCUUCAUUCCCAUCUCUCCUUUCACCCAUUUCUCUCACUUCUCUCCCUUCUCCCUUUUCCUUCCUUUCUCUCCCUUCUCCCCCACUCCCACCAAGCCCAUCGUUCUCCUUCCCACCCCAUACUCCCCCUCCUCACCCGGGGCCAGGUCGUCUCAGCACAUCUAGGCCCGUGAUCAGAGGCGCUGCAGCAGAUAGCCCACCUGCUAGAGCAGCAGCAGGAGGAGCAGCAGCAGCAGCAGCAGAACGAGCAGCAGAGGGGGCACCUAUCACUGGAAGGACUCCCGUCGCACGGCCCCGAUCGUCGCAUGCGGUCUCGCGAGCAGGCCGCCUCGCGGCCACUCUCACCACCUCCUUCCUCCACCCCGCCGGCGCAGGCGUCGCGGUCCCCCCCCUCGCUAGCCGGCCGCCGAAACGGCAACUAACCGUUGCAAGCGGCGCCGCGAGCGCUGGCCAACCAGCUGUACCUCAGCCGCCGCACCGAGCAUCAACGGAUACAUCUCUCGCGUCGGGCAACGGCAGCGUUUCGCAAUUUUCCACGUCGAUCUACGAGGAAGUGGAGGGAAGCAUUUGGCAGGGAGGGAAGAAGCGGCGGGCGGCGGUCGACGUGGAGGAGGAAGUGGUGGUGGCGGGGGACGGUGCGGCGGUGGGCAGGGGGCAGCAGAGCUACGCGCAGCUGGAGCCCACCCCGAUGGUGCAGGAGGCGUGGGACCUCCUCAACGCCUCCGUCGUCCAUUAUUACAACCAACCCGUACGCUCCUGCCCUCCUCUCACCUCCACCCCUCCUCUCACCUGCUCCUCUCGUCCCUUUUCUAAUCGUCAAACUCUCUCCCAUUCCUCUCUCUCCCUCUCUCUUUCCUCUCUCUCUCUCUCCCCUUCCUCUCUCUCCCUCUCCCCUUCCUCUCUCUCCCUCUCCCCUUCCUCUCUCUCCCUCUCCCCUUCCUCUCUCUCCCUCUCCCCUUGCUCUCUCUCCCUCCCCCUUUCCUCUCUCUCCCUCCCUUUCCCCUCUCUCUCUCUCCCCUUCCUCUCUCUCCCUCUCCCCUUCCUCUCUCUCCCCCCCUUUCUAGCAGCAGCGGACCCCACGUCAACAUCAGCACUGAACUACGACCAGGUGUUCAUCCGCGACUUCAUCCCCUCCGCGCUCGCCUUCAUGCUGUCCGGCCACCACGAGAUCGUCCGCAACUUCCUCCUCUACACACUGCAGCUGCAGAGCUGGGAGAAGACGGUGGACGCGCACAGGCCGGGCGAGGGGCUCAUGCCGGCCAGCUUCAAGGUCACUCAGACGCCCGUGGAGGGCAACGGUGGGGGCGGGGCGGCCUACGAGGAGCACCUCGACCCCGACUUUGGCGAGUCUGCCAUUGGCCGCGUGGCUCCUGUUGACUCUGGCCUGUGGUGGAUACAGCUGUUGCAGGCAUACGGGCGGUGCACAGGCGACGUGUCAUUGCAGCAGCGGGUGGACGUGCAGACGGGCAUCAAGCUCAUUCUCAAGGUCUGCCUGGCGGAUCACUUCGACAUGUUCCCCACGCUCAUCACCACUGAUGGCUCCUGCAUGAUCGACAGGCGCUUGGGCAUUCAUGGCCACCCCUUGGAGAUUCAGUCACUGCUAUACGGCGCGCUGAGAGCAGCGCGAGAUAUGCUAAUCCCGGAGGGAGACAGCAACGACCUCAUCCGAGCAGUGAACGCGCGCCUCACGGCCCUGGCCUUCCACAUCCGCCGCUACUACUGGCUCGACCUGCCUGCGCUCAACACCAUCUACCGCUUCAAAACCGAGGAAUACUCGCACGACGCCGUCAACAAGUUCAACAUCUACCCGGAUCAGAUCCCCCCGUGGCUCAUGGAUUGGAUUCCGGACCGCGGAGGGUACUUUGUGGGGAAUGUGCAGCCGGCGCAUAUGGACUUCCGGUGGUUUGCGCUGGGGAAUCUGUGGGCGAUUGUGAGUAGCUUGGCGUCGCACCAGCAGGCGGAGGCGAUUUUGGAUCUGGUGGAGGAGAAGUGGGACGAGCUGGUGGGGGGCAUGCCCAUGAAAAUCUGCUUCCCUGCAUUGGAGAAUGGCGAGUGGCGGAUCAUUACUGGGGCUGAUCCUAAAAACACAGCAUGGUCGUACCACAACGGGGGGUCAUGGCCGGUGCUGCUGUGGCCGCUGACAGCAGCAUGCAUCAAGAUGGGUCGCCCCCACCUGGCUCAGAGGGCUGUGGAAGUGGCUGAGAGGCGCCUGCAGGCCGACCGCUGGCCCGAGUACUAUGACACCAGGCGAGGGCGGUUCAUAGGCAAGCAGGCAAGGCUGCAUCAGACGUGGAGCAUAGCGGGGUACCUCGCAGCCAAGCUGCUGCUCGCCAACCCCCACGCCGUCUCGCUCAUUGCCGCGGACGAGGACUCGCCUCCCAGUUCCCCGCGCAGCAUCUGCCGCAGCUCAAUGGCUGCCUCACGACGGGCCGUCACUCAAGGGCGCGGCUGCGGCGUCACGUUCUCCGCCGCGGGGCGGCUUCUCCCCGUGCUCAUCCUCGCAUUGCUGCUCCAGACGCCCUCCGCGUCCGCCCGCCGCUGGAAGAACUGCGACGCGGAAGACCUGCUGUCGGUCGCGAACGCGUUCGACAAUCACUACGUGUACAAGCUCAUCGCCGUGGACUCGCCGGACCAGACCAACCUGCCGAGCAGCCUCGAUAUUGUCGCGGAGCUGUGGAAAAUAGUCAAGGAUGCCGCUGGGGGGAAGUACGCGCGGCUGGUGGACGCGCACAUGGCGGCGUUCCGAGCGACUUUGGCGCUGAAUGACGGGCACAGCAUGUUCAUGCCGGAAUGCUUCGUUGGGAGCUACGACCUGCCGCUGCCGCUCAUGGCUGUCGUCGAAAACGGGCAGCAAAUCAUUCGCGUUGCGCUACGCCGAUGCUCUUCCUCUUGUUUAAUUAUUCCCUCUGGCCAUCAGUUGUCACUCCCCAAGGGAUGGUUCACGUUGCGAAGGGAUGGAAGCUCAACGGAGGACGUACAGGUGCCAUGGAUCGGGACAGCUAGCCAUUCUCACUUUGAAAACGCCACGGGGUACUGGGAGAGGUAUUGUGCCGUGGCGAACCCAUCACCUACUGCCGGCACCAGCGCACAGGCAAGCACGGUCGGACAGGCAGCAGACAUUCCAAUGAUGGACAGGUUUCUCGAACGCCACCCCGCUCCAGUCUACUACGGUGAUACCAGCGAUGGCAGCGACGGCUUGAAUGUCGAGGUUUCGUCGUUUUCUGCUGCAGCAGCAGACGGCUCUUCUGGUGCAGUAGCGGGGCCGACUAUAAAGAGGAUCUCACCAAUGACUGAUAACUUUCUGGUGUACCUGGUGGGCAGCAGCACGGCGGUGGUGUGGAUUCACCAGUUCUUUUUCAGCGAGGCAGUGAUGAAGAUAUCCAGCGCCUCUCAGAUCAUCAUCACAUACGUGCGUGGCAACGGUGGCGGUUCCGUUGCAGCAACGCUCAUGUGUCCCCCCAUUUGUCCCCCCAUGUGCCCCCCCACGUGUCCCCCCAUGUGGCCCCCCACGUGUCCCCCCACGUGUCCCCCCAUGUGGCCCCCCACGUGUCCCCCCAUGUGUCCCCCCAUGUGUCUCCCUAUGUGUCCCCCCAUGUGUCCCCCCAUGUGUCUCCCUAUGUGUCCCCCCAUGUGUCCCCCCAUGUGUCUCCCUAUGUGUCCCCCCAUGUGUCCCCAUUCCCGCAUAUCCAACGCCACUCGGAUCAUCAUAGACGUGCGCGGCAACGGGGGCGGGUACACGGCAGCGGGGUACACAGCCAUCCGGCUGCUCAUGGGGGCAGCCAAGGCCCCCGACUCCGCCUUCACCCUGCCAGUGGACUUCAUCAUCAUACUCGGCGCCGUUCAAGUUGAAUAA